UAUGAAAAAACUAGUGUACUAAGUAAAGGUUAGUAAGUUUAGGAUGAUAAUUAUAAACACCUUAACUUAUUCUUAGAAAGUAGCUUUGAAAACGUAACAUAAUAGGAAAUAUAUUUAUUUUCUUGUUGGCAAUCUUACAGAAUGUAUUUUUUCUACGUAAUUAUUGCCAAUACGUUCUAAAUAUUUUAGGAGGGUAGGUUUAAAAUUUAUUAAAAGUAGGUAGCCAAAUUAUCAUGGUAAUUUAUAUCAAAAGCGUGGACAACAUGGUGGACUAAGGAUACCCAAAGCAUAGUUGAAACUCUAUUUUGUGUGAAUUAGAAUUUUAUAACAUCAAAAUAUUCAAAGAUGGAUUGGAAAAGCACAAGGAUUCUUUUGGCAUCAACAGCUACUGCGGUCAUCGCUUCUCAAGUCGUAAAAAAAGUAUACAAGUACUUUUGCACAAAGAAACAAAAUUCACAAACUAAAAUAAAUGAUGACGAGACACGCAUUGAGGAGUUAAAUAUCAAGAAUCGUGAAAUAAAUGAUGUGAUAUUAUUCUCAGAUGACAUUAUUCGACACACAAUUAAAGUCCCGCCUAAUAAAGAUAUAACAAUAUGUGAAAGCAGAGAGUUAAAUUGCUUUAAAUUAAUCAAAUACAUCAAAUCAGCACGUGAGACCCUGGAUGUCUGUAUGUAUUUAAUUACUAGUAACGAAAUAGCUGAACAAAUAAUAAGGCUUGGACAAAAACAUGUUUUGGUAAGGAUAAUUGCUGACAGUGAAAUGGCUCAUACACCGCCAUCACAAAUUAAGAGAUUAGAAGAAUACAGCUUCAUACAGGUGCAAACGAACAAAAAGUCAAUACUUAUGCACCAUAAGUUCUGCAUUAUUGAUGGACCCAAAGCGAUUAAACGAAAAAACGUUUUAAAAGCUUACGCAGAAAAAUUAAAUGUGCACGCAAAAUAUACGAAAAUGAUAGUAAAACAGCAACCGAAACCUAAAUCAGUUAAAGGUUUUGUAAUGUCUGGCUCUUUAAAUUGGUCCACUCAAGCUAUGGUUUCAAACCACGAAAGUGUUAUUGUAACGUCACACCCUAAUAUUGUGGGAAAAUUUGAAAAAGAAUUUGAUAGUUUAUGGGUGGAAAAUGAUCCAGCUUUAACAGCAAUGUCCGGUGUUACAAUGUCCUGAAAACUAAAAUUUUUACAAUUUUUCGGUUUUAUAAAUACACCGAUGAUGCAAUACCUCAUGUGUAAUAGUGUAGUUUGUGAAAUAACAGAUUGUAAUAUGGUGAACCAUCUUAAUAAUAUAAAUUGUGUUAUCAUCGACCAUUAUAAAACGUGAAAAAUAUAGUGAACGUCGAAAAGUUGAUUUUCAGUGUAUUUAUAUGUGCGCAUUGGAUGCAGUGUUAUUCGCUAGAUGGCGUUGUUGGAAUCCUCGCUAAGCAAGUUUUAACUUGUUUCGCUAUUCACUCACAGAUGGCGCUGGUCUGAGUUCAGUAGCCGAUAAACUGCUGUCUAUAGGUAUACUAUCUCUAUGCAACAACAAGCAGCGGUAUACUAAUAAUAUCUAAUGUACUGGUUCAGAGUCGGCGUCAAUACAAACACUUGCAGCAAUGAUUCCACGUGACACAUCAAAUGCAGAACUUUGUCAUCAAUCUAGUUCCACCAUGUUAGAUUAGACUCUGUAUGUUAUAAGUUAAAGAUUCUGUGUCAUCUCAAGUUCUAUUACUAUCAGGUGCAUUAUUAACUGGCAGUUAACGAUUAUCAUCGGAAUAAUUGGUAUCUUUAAAAUUUUCAACAUUGCAACGUGAUAACGUUUUACUGCAGUUUCUUUUGUACUUAGAACGAAUGGAUUUGUAACAUAUAGUGUACCAAUAAUAACCAUACGAAUGAUUAUCAUCAUUUUAUUUAUCAUUGAUAAGUUCUCGGAGGGAAUCGCAAGAAUGCUCCAUUAGUUUAUAAGUUAUAUGACUUUACUACAUUGUGAUCCCAAUAACGUUUUUCCGCUUUCCUUCGAGAUCCUGACACGUUCGCGCGUUUAUCUUUUAUAUUAUGUCGUUUUAUAUUUUUAUUUUUUAUUUAUAUACAUUUUUCGAUAUAGAUGUUUAUAUUAUGUGAGUUAUUUUUUGAAUAAUAUUGACUAACAAACACUAAACGUUCUAACGCAUGACUUUAAAUUUUACGAAUUCAACUCGCGAGUGUGCAUGACGGUAAAUUUAAUAUUUUUAAUGUUAUUUUAUUUUCUUUAUUUAUUGUUAUAUUUAGACAAACUGCUACACUGACAUGCUUUUGAUUUAUUAUUUAAUAUAAAUUGAUUCUGUGUUUUGUGGAAAUGUUUACUUCAACAAUUUGUGAUAUCUAUAUUGAGAUCUAAUGCAAUUGUCGUAAGCCUUGCUCCAUAAAACUUGAUUUUAGGUUAAUAUCAAUGAAAUACUUAAAUUCGAGUUUUAGUCUAUGCAUGGCAAUACCCGGGGAUUGCUUUCUAGUUUUUUUAAGAGGAAAAAUUUGAUUAUGCAAUCUAUUUGAUAAGAAAUAAUUGAAUAUUGUUUUAUGGAAUAUGAUUAUAAAUCUUUAAUAAACGUUU